AUGGGGUAUAUAUUUAUCUAUAUGAAUAUCUCUCCUUCUCCUUCUAUGUGUCUAGAAAACUCUUCACUGACUGUGCUGGUGGAUACAAAAGUUGUGCUUUACUGUCCUGUUGUUCCACUGGAAAAAGCGGUUGUAAUAACAUGGAAAAUAUUGUUGAGAGACAACAUUAAUUGCACCAAAGCCCAUUUCAAAGAGAUAAAUAAGAACACGGACAACUGUACUGAUAAACGAAUAACCUGGCUCUCUACACUUGAGCAGAAGCCUGCCCUUCAGAUUGAUCCAGUGGCCAUCAUUCAUGAUGGAAAUUACAGCUGUGAAAUUGCAAUACCUGAUGGAAAUUUCCAGCAUGACUAUGACCUCCAAGUGUUAGUACCCCCCAAGGAAAGCAUAUAUCUAAUAGCAAAUAGAACUGUGCUGUGCAAGGCUGUUGGAGGGAAGCCGGCUGCACAGAUCUCCUGGAGCCCAGAGGGGAACUGUUCCACUGAGCAAAAAGACCACGGUGAUGGUGUAGUGUCUGUGCAGAGUGAGUGCCACUGGGUGGAGGACAAUGUGACCACUGUGACCUGUUCUGUCUCCCACUUGACUGGAAACAAGAGUCUGUCCCUAGGACUACCUCUAGAGGAGUUUUGUGAAGAAGGACAACAGAAAGAUGAGAUGCAGCCCUAUGCCAGCUAUACAGAGAAAAGUAAUCCACUCUAUGACACAGCAAGGAAAGUAAAGACAUCCCACGUGCAACUAAAUGAAGUGGCUGAAAUGGACCUCCAUACCCAUUAA